GUGCACUAUAAAAUUGAAACAAGUGUGUAGGGAAAUGCUCCAAGUUAGUCUUAUCUCACCUUCUCCGGCGCCAUGAAAUCUCCAAUUGUAGCAGCGGCAGCAAUGUCUGCUCUCAUGAUGUUUUUUUUACUCACUCCACCUUCUCAUGCUGCAAUUUCUUGCAAUGAUGUAAUCAAGGACCUGAGGCCUUGUGUGAACUACCUCAUGAAUGGCACUGGGAAACCACCUGCUGCAUGCUGUUCGGGAAUCUCAGCUAUUCAAGCUGCUGCAUCAACCACGGCUGAUAAGCAGACAGCUUGUAACUGCAUCAAGUCAGCUUCCAAGCAAAUAAAUCCAAACCCCCAGUUAGCUAACUGUGGAAUCACCUUGCCUUUCACUGUUUCACCCAAUGUUGAUUGUUCCAAGAUUACUUAGUUGAAAUGGAAAUGCUCUGGUGAAUGCUUUCCGAUCCAUGUGCUCCUAUAUAUUUCGAGUGAAAUAGAAUAGUUGUACCUCAUUUCAUUCAUGUCUGCCUGUGUGUAUGGGAAGCUUCCCCUACUUUGUUUUAAGCUGGAAUGGAAUGCCCAGUGCGUUUUCUCCAGUAAAUAAAGAUACCAUUAUUAUUAUGGUUAAAA